GACGUGUACACGGGAAAUGGCCACGCAAGCGAGUGGAAUCAUAACAUUGCAUUUGAAGUCUCUUUCUUAUCCUCUUAACGUCUAAGUGCUGCUAUUUAAUUAAACAUUUUCCAUGGUGGCUGUUUCCAACUAUCUUUGACAAGCGGAAGUCACACAGGAAAGUGAAAUAUGUUGUGUGUGGAGCUGCUGUGAAAUGAAAACAUGCUGCUGGUCGCUGUGAAAGCUAACCGACAGCAGCAACAACUAGCUAGCAAACUGGCUGUUCGGCUGUGAUGUCUGUCACCGUGCAAAAUGACAAGAAGACGAGCAAAGCAGUGAGCUAGCAGCAUGUGACACAGACAAGCCCUCUGCUCCUCACACCCCCAAAGAAAGUAGGUUUUAAAGAUGCCUCGUCUGGAAGAGCUGGCCAACGUGGCCCUCAGGGUGCCGAGCAUACUGGUGCUGGACCUGCUGUAUAAAUGUGACAUCGAAGGUUUGACGGAGCACCUCAAGGCCAAAAAUGAAGACAUGCUGUUCAAAUACAAAUAUGUCAUCUGGAACAUGUACUACAUCGGUCAUCUGAUCAACGUGGUGGUGUUGGUUCUGCCACUGAGACACAUUGUGACGCUCUACCUCCACAUCCUCGCCUCCCUCCUCCUCUACAUGGGGCAUCAGAUUUCCAAGGAUUACGUCCGUGACGAGCUGCAGUACGGGGAUGAAGGAGCGGUGUACCGGGAUUCUCUGGCCUUCAACAGAUUUGUCUCUGCAAUGACGAGCCAGAUUAUUCUCAGCACGCUGUGUGCCUUCCUCAUGAAGACGAGGAAGGUGUGGUUGUUCUCUGCUCACAUGCUCCCCCUGCUGGCCCGACUCUGCGCCGCUCGUCACGCCACGCUGUUAACCGUCAACACGCUCUCCAUGGGACUGACCGGAGCGGGGAUCACCGUGUUCCUCCUCUCGCAUCUCUUUGUGCCGUAUCGCCUCGCGAAGGCUGCGUAUUCAGAGCUGCUGCAGCUGGAGGUGAUCGAGCUGUACAGACUUCUGGCUGUGGGAAUCUCUCUGUGGAACCAGUUUGCCGUCCCCGUGCUCUUCAGCGUCUUCUGGUUUGUUCUCUUCGUCGUCCAGCUGUGUUCAGACACCAUGUCAGCCAAAGCCUCCGCAGCAGGACAUCAGGGAAUCCUGUUCUUCCUGCUCACAAGCGUCUCUGACUGUUGUGCCACACCGUACUCUCUUCUGGGUCUGACCUUCGUGGUGUCCUAUCUCGCCCUCGGGCUGCUCAACCUAUGCAAGUUCUUCCUGGGAGGUCACACAGCCGUUCAGAAUGAGAACGUCAUGCACAGAGGUGUGACUGAGGGCGUCACUCUGCUCCUGCUCGCUCUCCAGACGGGCCUGUUGGAUAUGCAGGCACUGCAGCGCACCUUCCUCCUCAGCAUCAUCCUCUUCAUCGUGGUCACUUCCACCCUGCAGUCGAUGAUCGAAAUAACAGAUCCAGUUAUUCUCGCACUGGGAGCGUCCCGCAACAGGAGUGUGUGGAAACACUUCCGUGGCCUCAGCAUGUGUCUGCUUCUGCUGGUUUUCCCCGUCUAUAUGGCUUUUAAAAUCUCCCAGUUCUUCCACAUGGACUUCUGGCUCCUUAUACUGGUGUCUAGCUGCAUGCUGACUUCUCUUCAGGUUACAGGCACCAUGCUGAUCUACUCCCUCUUCAUGGUGGAGCUGUUCCGCAGCGACCCGAUCGAGAGCCUGGACGAGGUGAUCUACUGGGUGAACGCCGUCAGCCGGGUGCUGGAGUUCGUGGUGGCGCUCUGCGUGGUGGCGUACGGCACCUGGGAGUCGCUGUUUGGCGAGUGGAGCUGGAUGGGCGCCUCCGUCAUCAUCAUCCACUCCUACUUCAACGUUUGGCUCAGAGCUCAGUCCGGCUGGAGGAGCUUCCUGCUCAGACAGGAAGCGGCGAAGAAGAUCAACUCCCUCCCCAGAGCCACGGCUCAACAGCUGCAGCAGCACAACGACGUCUGCUCCAUCUGCUUCCAGGAAAUGAGCUCUGCUGUGAUCACGUACUGCGGACAUUUCUUCCACGGCAACUGCCUCCGCAAGUGGCUGUAUGUGCAGGAGACGUGCCCCAUGUGCCACCAGACGGUCCGACCCACCUCGACGGGUCCGGAGGCUUCGGGCGACGCUCCGGCUGCUCCGACGCGGCGAGACGAAGGUCCCGAUCCGGCUGCGCAACAAGAGGGAGAUCCGAACCGGGACAACGGCUCAUCCCAAGAGACGCAGGGCGACGCUGUAACUCCUGAUCCCGCAGAGCAGCGGGAGGAGACUGAACGCUUUGAGGAUGGAGCGAGAGAAGAUGAAGACGAACCAGAAACUCACGAGGACGCUGUCCAAGGUCUUCGUUUCAGCUCCAGUGGAGACUUUGUUGGAUUCGUCAGCCCCUGCUCUUCAGGGGACAAUUCAACAUCCCAUAAAACCUCUCCUCCUAACCCGCACGGCGAAGGCGAGGAGGUUGUCGAGGACUCGCCGCUGCCGUCGGCUCUUAGCGAGUUCACGGUGGAGCGGCAAUCUGACUCUAAUGGAGCAGAACUUGAAGACGGCCGUACCGUCUGUCCGACAAACUGCGAUGUUUCUAAACGUGACGGCUGUGAAGGGACGCCUGGAUCACGGGACAGCUAUGAGGCGUCCGGUGUCGAAUCACGUGAUAUAAACUCAGAACUGUCGGACUGCGUCGACAAUCCUCAAAGUGGUAAAGAGACCGUCUCUCGCACAGACUCGGAGGACCGUGACUGACUGCAUCAGUGCCUUGGAGGACGUAGAGAAACACUUUGCCUUCUUUUAUCAGACAUAAUGAAUGUUUAGCAAACGGCGAGCGUCUGGUUGAACACCGGCUCCGUGCAGAAAGACUUUAUAAUAACCAGCGUUAAUAAACGGUACAUCUAUAGUUCAAUAACCGCUAUAAUAAUGCAAAUUAAUAAUAUUUACUCAUUAUUAGUAAUGCCAUAUUUAAGUUAUUUGAACAGUUUAUUGUUGCACACAUAACUUUAUAUAUUAAGUGUUUGUUAAUGAUUACAUCGUAGAGAUGAACCAGAUAUUUAUAUUAUAUAUUCAAUUAUAAAUGUGCAACUGAUGAUUAGAAUAUCUUGUUAAAUGGUUAAUAAAUACUUAAUUAUAAGCAUUAUUUAGAUGUAUAGGUAAUAAUUGGUUUCUGUACCAUCUACUAUAAUGUUUAUAGAUGUUUUACAAAUAGUUUGGUAAUAAUUAACAAAUACUUAGUAUAGUAUAUAAGAUGAUAUAUUGUGUGCAAUUAAUAAAUAGUUUAGAAUGUAAUUAUCGUCCUUUAUCAGCUAAUAUACUAUAAUUUAUAAUAAUCACACAAACUUAUGAUAGAAUAACAUGAAUUAUAGCAUUACUAAUUAAUAAUAUUAAUAAUAGUAAAUGUUAAUAUUGUUUAACAGCUAAAUAAGCGUUAAGUUUAAUUAAUGAUGACUUUAUUUAUGAUGGUUAUAAUAAAGUUUUACCUGCAGAAGUGGCUCAAAUUUGAUGGUUUUUUUGCGCAUAUUUGACUCAAAUCUGUUUGUUUUUCUUUUAAAUUCUGAUUUGGGCCACUUUCAUAUGUGUUUGUAGAUCUUUUUGCGAGGCGAUGUCUUAAUCAUAUAUAUAUUCAUGCAACGUUUUACAUUCAGGAUCGUGAAAACAGACAAACAAACAAAUGUUGAGCAUGAAGGCGUGUGAACGCGGCCGUUAUGAGACUGAAUUAUGUUGCGUUAAAACCUCUUAUUGUACAACUGUAAAGAAAUUGUAAAAAUAAAUAUAUAAUUCAUAGACAUGUCUAUAAAGCAAUUAUCUUGCAUCAAUAUUUACCAAAUUCUAGCAGGUUACAAGUAAUUAUGUUGACUUUUUAGUUAAAUUGCAUUUUCCUCUGCCGUGUUUCCUGUACGUCUCAUGUGUGGCAAGAGGAAACGUUUCAGCAUCUUUCAUGCAUCCGCCUUUUGCACUUCAGAAGGUUCUUGUCUCUCAGUAUUCAAUUAAAUGUAAACUUUUUUUACUGUAGUUUCUAUAUUAAUGAAUUACAACCGCUGACAUCGUGUGCCAGCUUCAUGAAGUCUCAACAGAAAGAGUCCAGAUGAACCUUUCGUCUGAAAUGUUGAUUCGAAGAUAAUAAAGUUUUCUGCAUCACUGUUUUAUUUCACAGGCAUCUCAGUAUAAUCAUCCUGAAGGGUAAAACAUUUAUCUGUUAUGUUUUUAUUCCCGAACACACAGCUACUUACAUACUAAGGUUGUUUUUUAUAUAUCUUUGCUGAUUUUUGUAGUUUUCUCUGAAAAAAAUGCAAAGAAUGUCGAAUUUUAACAUGUAAAUUUAAUCAAAAAUUAAAUAAAAAUAAAAGACAAAUCGCUCUGCCAACUUUGACUGAAACUGAAAUAUUUAUAAAUAAUGUGACCCAUAUCAU